UCGCUGCUGCAUGGUCCUUCCCGGUGCCACGGUGUGCUGUAGCCGAGUUUGAGCCGCUCGGCGUCUCGGACUCCGCCGUUCCCGGUGCUCCGUCUUCUUAAUGCUCGCUGAGCCAAACCUUCCAGCUGCUCACUGGCUUAUUUUGAUCAAAAGCCGUCAGCCCUGCUGCCUGGGACAGACUUUACAAGUAGACAACGGACCGGUUUAAAGUGCCGUUGAAACUAUAUCCACAUCGGACUCCCUCUAUUUCUUUCUUUUCUGUUCACCGGGAGAACGGAGGAGCCGCAGCACCGGGAACCAUGAGCGGACGCGGGGACGAGCCAGGGGAGAGCUCUGGCUCUCAGGAGCCCGCGGGGCCCGCGGAGCCCCAAAAGAGGAGGCCGGGGAGACCGAGGAAACCACAAAAAGAGCCCAGUGGAGAGCCUGUCCCCAAGCGACCGAGGGGCCGCCCCAAAGGAAGUAAGAACAAGGGCCCCUCCAAGGCAGCGCAGAAGAAAGCUGAGGCAACCGGGGAGAAAAGACCCAGGGGGCGACCCAGGAAAUGGCCACAGCAAGUCGUCCAGAAAAAGCUUGCUCAGGAAGAGGAAGAAGAAGAAGAAGAGGCUGGAGAGUCCCCAGAGGAGGACUAAGCUACCACACCAUCAAAUCGCUACCUCAUUCAGCUGUCAGGUCUUUCAAAGGGAAAAGACUGCCUUGACCACUUUUUUUUUUUUUUUACUUUUUCCACAUGCUAUGUUACUUGGUUUAAUUUCAGUUAGACAAUUUCCAUCUUUUCUCUGUCACUGAACAGGCAGAUGUUCAGUAUUAUGUCUUUGUCUUUAAACUCCUUUGAUACAUUUUUACAUAGACCAUGCGGAAUGCAGCAAAAAUAAUCUUUUAGUUUGCUGCCAGCUCUUAUUGGCUGAAGAGAUACAAACAAGCAAACGGUUCAGCUCUAGACAUUCUGCCUGUUGUAACAAACACAUCAGACAUGUCAUCAGCCCUGUGCAACACAAUUGCACUCCUCAACGAGAAUAGACUAGAAACAAACCGAAACAGACACAAUCAGUAAGUUCAUGUUUGGGUUUUCUUUAGGCCAUCGUCGUCUCCACAUGAGCGAGAGCAUUGGGUGCAUCAGCCUGAGGACUACAAUAUUGUAAUGAGGUGCAAAUCAAAUACACUCACACUGCCACUGCAUCUCUCUCUCUCUCUCUCUCUCUCUCUCUCUCUCUCUCUCUCUCUCUCUCAUGGACAGACAUACAGUAGAUCCACACACUCAAUGACUCACUGCCAUUGUUGACUGAUACUCCAGACACUGAUGGCCGAAAAAGAGACUGGGAAAGUCUGGUUUUGUCCUACAGACAUGUAGAACAGCUGUCUACUGUCCUAAUAUAUCAGUGUUGGCUCUAAAACAAACCAAUCCACCCACCCCUUACCCAAACUGGUGUUAGGCCACCAAACACAAAGAGACAGAGAUGGUUCCUCAGGGCAGUAUGUUUAUCCAUUAUGUUGGAUUCAAGCCAUUUAGAAAAAAAACUUACUGAAGUCGUUCGCAUUGGCUCAUAUUUAACUUUAGCAUUGGAAUGAGAGCACAUUACAUUACAUUUGAAAAGGCCAUCUUCCAGUAACUUCUCUCUCUGGCAAUAUGCAGGAAAGAUACAGCCUCCAAUGCAACGUUUUAUCAAGUUUUAUUGACAGUGCAAAUGUAGCUGAUGUAACCAUGGCCGAUGCCCAGCCAUGCCCUUAAUCAAACAUCAGUCAAGGAUUAGUUGCUUAAAGCUAUAGUGCGUAGUUUCUGUCGCCCCCCAUGAGGAAUUCUAAGCAAUGACAAUAAAACA